GUGAGAACACGCGCACCAUGCACAGAAAUCGUAUAGAGAGAACAGCAUCAAAACGGUGGCGUGGAACUGUGCGUCGAUUAGUAGCUGCUUGUGUUUACAACCUCUCCUGCUUCACCCAUGGCUGCAGUACGGGCUGGGUGUCCGGGGUGCUGGGUAACGAGGCUCUGACGGGAGGUGCGUGGCUGGCGGCGCUGCCCUGCCUCAUCGCGCUGCCCGCCGCGCCCAUGUUCGCGAUACUGGCCGACGCGCGCGGGCGGAAGGCGGGCGCGCUUUGUAUCUGUUUGAGUUUUAUUGUGAGUUGGUCGUUAGCAGCAUGGUGCGGCGGGCGCGGUGUUUGGGCGGCGCGCGUGGCGGCGGGGGCGGGCGGCGCCGGGGCCCUAGCUUUAUCACCUCUGUACUGCGCGGAAAUAGCGCCCAAAACCAGAGGGUUAGCCGCCAUGCCUUGUUUGGCCUGCAGCUGUGGGAUUCUUUUCGCAUAUUCAGCUGGCGGAAUGCUUUCAGCCCACGCUUUGGCUUUGUCAAUGAACAUUCCACCUUUAAUACUCCUAAUUUCACUCGUCUGGCUGCCAGAGACUCCGUCUUUUCUCAUCAGGGUUGGAAAAAUACAAGAAGCAGCCAAAGUAAUGUGUUGGUUUGAUGGAUCAGAUUUUAGAGAAGACUUAACAGACGUAAUAGAACAGCAGGAAGUGCGAAUAAGAAUAUCAGAAGGUUACGGAAGAAAAGAAGUGUCGAGAAGAAGAGAUUCAGACACAUUCCAGCCGAUGAUAAAAAGAAGUAGCGGGUUGGAGUCAAAUAAUUCAGAAAGGGAGCAAAAGCAGGAGCCUUCAUGUAAAAGACUAUUUUAUGACCGGGCAUCUCGUCGAGCAUUAAUAUCGUGCUGUGUCGUGCUGUUCACUGCAGUUGGCAGCGGGGCGGCUGCCGUCAAUAGCUUCGCUGCUGCAGUUCUCAGAUACUCUGUCCAUCCUGUGCCAAUUCUGAACAUAACAGCGUACAAUUUCACUAUAUAUAACGGGACCGAAUCACGCACAUUGUUUGAGUCUUCAGAAGCUGGAUCUAUUUUGUGUGGCACGGCUCUAGUUCUUGGUGCAGCUAUAGCUACAAUCACUGUAGAUAAAGCCGGAAGAAAGACCCUGCUGCUUCUCUCGUGCUCAGGAAUAGCCUUCAGCUUAGCAGUUCUCGGAGUGUACUGUGAUCCUCAUCUAAACAUGCACUCCUGGUAUUCGUCCCGUUGGUGGCCUCAGAGAAAUUCAAACGACAAAGACGGAAAAUUGGGAAUUUACGAAAACAAUACGCUAGUAAAUAUAAGUGCAAUAGAAAAUGAAGCCGAAGUGAAGCCAUGGCACAGAAUAGCCGAUGAAAAUUUUACUGCGGAUAAUAUCACGCAUGUAAAUAAUUAUGAGCAAACCAAAGGAGACUUUGAGAUUUGGCUGCCGGUGUUUAUAUUGUCUCUAGUCCUGUUUUUGUAUAAUGUUGGCCUCGGAUCAGUGCCUUUUGUGCUAAUAUCAGAACUUUUUUCUAUGAAUGUGCGAAGUUUUGCGUCUAGUUUUUUAAUAUCUUGGAUGUGGCUUAGCAAUUUCUUGCUUCUACGAUACUUCGGUUCCCUGGCCUUCGCCCUCGGGCUGCACGCAACAUACUAUAUCUGUGCGUCCAUAACGCUCCUCGGUGCUGGAUACAUUUACUACAUUCUACCAGAGACCAAGGGCAAAUCGCAGGACCAAAUCAACGAAGCUCUAGAAGGUCCCUGGUUCCUGAUACGAGAGAAGAAGAAGAAUGGACGAUGACAAUCAAAGACGGAAGUCUUCACGGUGGAAGAUAGGAAUUACGAUUGAAAUGCCAAAGCGUAAAAUUACGAUUAAUAUGCCAAUUUAUGUGAAAUGUGAUAGCACCGAGAUGUGACUGAAAUCACAAGAUCGUUGAGGUAAAGACAUAAAGUAAUGAAUAUAAUAUCAAGACUUGAUAAAUUUAUUUUGGAGUACAUUUUUAUUUACACGAGGAGUUUUACAAAUAGGAGUACGUAGGUACUAAAAUUCGUAAUUUGUACCUAUAGAAAAUCAUAUCUGUAACUUUUAGAAGGUACCUAGGAUCUAGGAAAGUAGUUAAAAAAUUAAUAUACAGAAUAACAUAGUAUAAAUGUAUUGAAUGUUU